UUAAAUGGAACUUUCUUCACACUUGUUUCAGGUGACUGGAAUGUGGCUCGCAAUAAACCAACGACUCUCAGUUCAGUCCAAUGGGACGGUAUUUCCUCUAGAGCGGUAGAUGGCAAUGUUAAUCCUGACUAUAACCAGGGGGAGAGUUGUGCGCACUCUGAUGAAACACUGGGACCGGAAAAUAAAUGGUUGUGUGUUGAUCUAGAGGAGAGUUUUUUUAUCAGAAACAUUAAAAUAUUUAACAGAAAUGCUUAUGAAAGCCGACUGGAUGGGUUUGAGAUUAGGUUGAGUUCUAGUGGUGGGUGUGAUAGUGCCGGAUUUACAUCAGCUACGCAAUGCUAUAAAGACGACAAAACAUCACCAGGAAAGCCAGUGUAUACCAUAGAGAGAUGUAAUGUAGAAGGUGUACCAUCAUUUGCUGGCAGAUAUGUAUUUAUAUCCGUUGGAAAAAAUCACAACUCUCAACCUGCAAUAUUGACCAUAUGUGAAUUACAAAUAUUUACAGAAAAUUGUCCUGUUGGCUAUUACGGUACCAACUGUCAAAUUAGUUGUCCACAAAAUUGCCUCAACAAGGAAUGUGAGAAAGUUAGAGGAGGUUGUUCGAAGGGUUGUUUGGAUGGUUACUAUGGCGAUUACUGCGAGUCGUCAUGCAACAUCCUGUGUAUCACCAAUUGUAAGGAUAAUAAGUGUGAUUGGAAAACAGGGAUAUGUAAGGGAUGUGAAGAUGGUUUCUAUGGGGAAUCCUGUAAUUACCCGUGUUCUACGUGUAAAGAUUCAUGUCGACAAUCAGAUGGCAUUUGUUUGACUGGUUGCACACCGGGAUAUUGGGGAAUUAAUGGUAUGUGUCUUCACGAAUGCCCCGAGUCCUGUGGUACAAAUGGCUGUAAAAUGAAUAAUGUUACCUGUAACGAUGAGUUGGCCAAGGCAUUAAACUGAUAACAUUGCCCAGACAAUAAAAAAAAGACCUGAUAUGAAUAUCAAUUAAAUAUACUAAGCAAUUUCUAAUACCCAGCCUUUUAGCAGUUUUCAUUCACACUUUUCACCAAAUUCCUUUACAUCGCAAAGGAUAGAUUCAUUUUGAAUAUUGCCUUUUCUC